AUAUAUAGUUGUUAUAAAUAGACAUUAACAUACCCUAUCUUCAUAAUUACACUGAUACAGUCUGACAACAUGAACUCAUUCCUCGUAAUUCUCGUCUUCAUCAGCCUCUCAUUCGUGUAUGGAACCAGUACUGACGAAGUGGAUUGUGGGCCUGUUUGUAUGGUUUACUGUCACUAUGGUAACGUGAUGGACGAAAGAGGAUGUCCAUUGUGUAAAUGUAACCCUGCACCAGUGAAAGAACAUUGUGAAAAGCCAGUCUGCAACAAGGACUGUCUCCAUGGUUACGUUGAUGAUGGAGACGGUUGUCCUACUUGUGAAUGUAUCACUCCGCAGUGAAAAUUAGUGCACGUAAUAGAAACAGUUAAAUUUCCAGAAAAUAUCUGAAACAUUGUUUUUUUUCGAAACGAGUUAAGAGAGACUCAGCUGACAUCGUGAUGGCUUUGGUGGAAUCAACACGCUUAAUUCGUGGAUCAGACUAAAUUUUCUAUCUGGAAAUAUUUUAAAGAGUAUAUGAUAUCAAUGAGCUGGAGUCAGGACGCCUAGUUCACAUUCAGGCUGUAGGUGAUACCGAGUAUUAGAAAUUUCAAAAAAAUAUGGUCAGUUAUAAUGAUGAUAUCAGAAUUGUAACUGGUGUUAUUUGAAAAAUAAAGUUUGUUUUUAA